AUGUCAUCCACUUCUAUUCUCAUUGUUCUUGUUGCCAUUUUGGCUGUUUUUGUAGUUGUUGAUGCCCAGUGGGGAUGUAAGUUUCAAUUAUUUAAAUUAAAAAUCGAGUGAAAACCUUUUUGUUUAUUCAGACGGAGGUCCAUACGGAGGCGGAUAUUACGGUGGCGGACCAUACGGUGGAUACGGACCAUAUGGCGGAGGUUUCAGAAGAUCGUUCUACGGUCCAAGAUACGGUGGAUAUGGCCCAUACGGAGGAGGAUACGGUGGACCAUACGGUGGAUAUUACGGAAAAUAA